GAACUUUAAACAUUAAAGUACAUGUAAGUGUAAGUUUAACAUUGACGGAAUUAUUGACGAAGUAGCGCACACGUCAGGCGACCCCCUCUUCCUUUAAAGUUGUUUCUUCAUCUCUACAUCAUCCUGUACAACCCCAGCCUGCUUUACUGCUCACAUAUCCGUAAGAAGACUUUUAAACUUUGGGCGGCGAAAGACGCUGCAAUGUUCAGAGCACGUGUGAGUGUGACAGCGAUCCAGCUGCUCAUCAACAUGGAGAUGAAACCAUGUUUGAGUUUUUACAGCAAACUGCCAAGUCUGCAGCAGCUUUCAGUUCGGUGGAAGAGCGGCGUCAGACCAGCCCCUUUCCUUACAGCUACCCCUGUUCGAGCUCUCAUAGACGAACAGAUCAGCAUCCGAGGGAGUUUCCUGCCCCCCCACAGUCCUAUCACGCUGUCUGCACGGAUGCACAGUGACGAGGGAGACCUGUGGGAGUCAUUUGCUCAUUUUAACACAAGUGCAAGCGGCACUUUUAGCUCAACUAACGAUCACUCAGUCGGAGGCUCUUAUUUGGGCUGUGAGCCAAUGGGACUCUUCUGGGGGAUGGAGCCGGCUCCCGGAUCAAGAGAAGGUUUGAGACUGAGGAAGAGGAAUGUGGAGGCGCCCUACGUGGUCCGUAUCUCCUUACUGGAGGGCCACGUUUCCCCCAGUGAAGACCAGACCACCGAGCUGGCUGCUGUCAACGCAGAGCGCUGGUACCUUUCACCAGGAGUAAAGAGAAUAGACACUCUUCAAAAUGGCAUUGUAGGAGCAUUAUUCUUACCUCCUGGCCCAGGCCCGUUCCCUGCCAUGCUGGAUCUGUGGGGAAUGGGUGGAGGACUACAAGAGUACCGCGCCUCGCUGCUGGCAUCCAAAGGCUUUGCUAGUCUUUCUCUCGCCUACAUAGGACACAAAGAUCUACCUGGUCCACCGAACCGUGUCAAUGUUGGUGAUUCAUACUUUAAGGCAGCAUUCCAGCUGCUCCAGGAUCACCCUCAGGUCAUUUCAGACAGAGUCGGGAUCAUCGGCCUCUCCUUUGGAUGCUACGUGACGCUCCGUAUUGCGACCCGAACCGGAGUUAAACCUGCCUGUUUGGUUUGCAUCAACGGCCCGGUUGGAAGUACGGUGACUCUCUCAGAUUCAGAGGGUAGGACUGAAAUAUUUGACAGCUACCAGAAAUACUGGACGUAUGAUGAUCAAGGCUAUGUCAUUUUCAAAGAGGUCUCCUUACCUGCCAAUCUUCCCCCUGACAGCAUUGUGGAGCUGGAGAAGCUCGAUUGUCCUUUGAUGUACAUAGUGGGUGAAGACGACCUGAGUGCCUCAAGCAUUGAGAACGCCGAUAUGAUAGAGGAAACUCUGAGGUCUGCUGGGAAACCCCACCUGUUCACCCGCCUGUCGUACCCCGGCGCCGGUCACCUGAUCGAGCCACCUUACUCACCAAAUGCUCGAGCAUCCUUGUGGUCCGUCAAACCCAAGAAAUUGAUCACUCUGUGGGGGGGGCACCCUGCUCCUCACGCCGCUGCACAGGAAGAUGCCUGGGAGAAGGUCCUGAACUUUUUGAAUGCCAACCUGAGGCGUUGAACUUCUGCAGAGUCAGCAGAGAGAAGCUGAACAUGACAUAGAAACGGAUAGUUUUGAAUACACAGAAAUGAAGAAGAAUCAUUUGCACACGAAGAACGUUCUAGAACUGAUGGUGAUGUGUUUAAAAACUCUGAUUCUAUUCGUUGGUGUUCAUCAGCUUCUCCACAGUGGAAGGUCCAUGUCGCCGUGUGCUCCCAUCGAUCAGGGAGGACAGAUUCUACCGGAGAAGUUUACAUCAGUGUGAAAAUGUCUGUUUCAUAUUUUCCUGGACGGUAUUAUCCAUAAACGACUGUUAUUCUGCUCUGCUUUCUACAGAUCAGGCUGCACACAGGAGGAAUGGAGCUGAAGCUGCAUUCAGACGCAGCUUUUCUAGUCUUACUGGUCGUUUAGGAUUCGUGGUCAUGGUUAGGUGUGUGUCAUUGCUAGGUGUGUGUCAUGUUCCGCAGACCACACACUGAAUGACAGCUCACACAUGCAAGAGCAGUGCACAGAUGCUCCAUAUGAUCAUUUCUAUUCUUGGUCCCGGUAGAGCGAAUAUUAUUGUGCUUUAACCUGUAUUAGUUGCACUUUCAACCAAUAAAAUAAAAGUUCCAGUACUUUAAAACCCCUGAGAAGGACACAUUAAUAUCUGAACAUUUUUAAGAAUGCCUAGCACCUGUCAGCACAGAAUAAGACAUGUAUGUAAGUGACUUUUGUAUUAUCUUACUGUUUAAAAAAAUGUAAUUGCAGAUUAUGAUGAUGAUUAAUAAAAAUCUUGUGUUUUGUU